GUAAUGCUCGAAGAUUAUCUCAAGAUCCCCGUUUUCCCCUUCUCCUCUACAAAGACUCUUCCUUUUCCUCUCUAUUAAUCCAUCUCUGCAUAUGCUUAUAUGAUCUGUGUACGUAUCCUUCUAUUCCUAUUUCCUCCUAUUUCAUGUCAUCGAUUCCUUGUUGAAAAAAGGGGAUUGACGCGGAGAAUAAUUGGAUGGUGGAAAGGGCUGGAGAGGAAGUGAGGAACGAGAGCGAGGUUGUUUGAUGGGCAAUACAUGCCGUGGAUCAUUGGGAGGCAAACCUUUUGAGGGGUACACGGAGCCCGAAGAGCAGCUGAAUUCGAAGCGCACGGCGUCUUCCGCCCCCUCCCGGAGCAACUCCCCCACCGAGAAAGACACCCAGCCAAGCCAGAAAAAGGAGCCGAGUUUGCCACCUCUAAUCAGUCCCAGCAAAGAGAGCAUCAUGACCCGCGGCAUGGCUAACCAGACCUACUUUGUUAUGGGCCACAAGACUGCUAACAUCCGAGAUCUUUACGUGCUCGGCCAUAAAUUAGGGCAGGGCCAGUUUGGGACUACUUAUUUGUGCACUGAGAUCGCCACAAGCUUCCAAUUUGCUUGUAAAUCCAUAUCGAAGAGGAAGUUGAUCUCCAAGGAGGACGUUGAGGAUGUUAGGAGGGAGAUUCAGAUAAUGCACCAUCUGGCUGGCCACAAGAAUAUAGUCACCAUUAAGGGAGCGUACGAGGACCCUCUGUAUGUCCACAUUGUCAUGGAGCUUUGUAAUGGAGGUGAAUUGUUCGACCGGAUUAUACAGAGGGGGCACUACAGCGAGCAGAAGGCAGCUGAGCUGACUAAGAUCAUUGUAGGAGUUGUUGAGGCUUGCCAUUCGCUUGGAGUUAUGCAUAGAGAUCUUAAACCGGAGAACUUCUUGUUGGUUAACAAGGACGAUGAUUUCUCUCUUAAGGCUAUUGAUUUUGGACUCUCUGUUUUCUUCAAGCCAGGGCAGAUUUUCACUGAUGUAGUCGGAAGCCCGUAUUAUGUUGCACCUGAAGUUCUAUUGAAGCAUUAUGGCCCACAAGCAGAUGUAUGGACAGCAGGGGUCAUACUCUACAUAUUGCUUAGUGGUGUGCCUCCCUUUUGGGCUGAAACACAGCAGGGAAUAUUUGAUGCUGUUUUAAAGGGGCACAUUGACUUCGAUUCCGACCCAUGGCCACUGAUAUCAGAGAGUGCUAAGGAUCUUAUUCGGAAGAUGUUAUGCAUGCAUCCUUCAGACCGUCUGACUGCUCAUCAAGUAUUAAGUCAUCCUUGGAUAUCUGAAAAUGGUGUUGCUCCUGACAGAGCCCUGGAUCCAGCUGUACUUUCUCGCCUUAAACAAUUUUCUGCAAUGAAUAGGUUGAAGAAAAUGGCUUUGAGGGUAAUAGCUGAGAGCUUAUCAGAAGAGGAGAUAGCUGGCUUAAGAGAGAUGUUUACAGCCAUGGACACUGACAACAGUGGAGCAAUCACAUUUGAUGAACUCAAAGCUGGUUUGAGAAAAUAUGGUUCCACCCUAAAGGAUACAGAAAUUCGUGAUCUUAUGGAUGCGGCUGAUGUAGACAACAGUGGGACCAUUGACUAUGGAGAAUUUAUAGCAGCGACAAUUCACUUGAAUAAGCUUGAGCGUGAGGAACAUCUUUUGGCAGCAUUUCGAUACUUUGACAAAGAUGGAAGUGGCUAUAUUACAUUUGAUGAACUUCAGCAAGCUUGCGUAGAACAAAACAUGACAGACAACUUCAUUGAAGAUAUCAUCAAAGAAGUUGAUCAAGAUAAUGAUGGAAGAAUUGAUUAUGGGGAAUUCGUUGCUAUGAUGACAAAGGGUAACGCUGGCAUUGGAAGGCGAACAAUGCGAAACAGCUUGAACAUAAGCAUGAGAGAUGCUCCGGGAGCCCUUAGCUUUUCAAUUUAAACACACAAGAGGUCUAGUGAGACAGCAUACCCUAGCUGACCUUCACCCAUCAAUUCAAUCCCAAUUGACCUCUUAAAACGUUAGCCGUCUCACACAGGAUGAUGGCGCGGUGUACAGGAAGAAGAACGUUAGAGGAGGUUCGGCAAAUAUGCCUUUUAAAGUUAUGCGUGUUCCACUCCGACCCUCGUGUUUCUGCGAAACUAGACAGGUUUGUAAACUUCACAUGCUAUACUGGAUAUAGGAAUGUUGUAAUUUAGAUAGUGAAAUACUGCAGCUGAUGAUUGCCUCAGAAUCUAUUUUGUAGUGUUCUAUUUUUGUCUUUCUUGUUCGAACCUUUUCAAACGUAGUUCAAUGAGAUUUCAUAUGUCCCCUUUGAUUUCAA